UGGACGCGCGUGCCCUAAGUUUCCUAUCGACCGACGUACGGAACUAUCUAACCAGCGCCCGUCUGACAUGGCGCCCAUGUAAAUGAAAUCCAAAAUCGUUCCGUGUUGCAAUUGAAGAGAAAACGGGCAAUCAAGUUUAAAAAGUGAAAAUGGCGAUGUCAAAUCUUUACUCGAAAAUAUCAACGAAGCCAAUGAAACGGUUCCAGGACAACGUCACAGUCAAACAGACUAAUCCAUGGUUAAACGCGGAAUCACUGAUUCCUGUAUCAGAUUCACCACCUACUGUAAGCCCAUUAUCUUCUUCCAUUGUAUUACAACGUGAAGGAACGAUAAACCAACCACUUAGUGCACCUGCUUCACCUUUGUCUUCCUUAUCAUCUCCUUUAACUCAAUUGAAUUUGUCAUCACCUGAAGACUGUACACAAGAUCCUAAUUGGCAGGCAACAAAACCUACAGUUCGAGAACGAAAUGCUGCCAUGUUUAACAAUCAUUUAAUGGCUGAUAUUAUAUUUAUUGUUGGCAGCCCAGGUCACAUACAAACUAUACCAGCACAUAAGUAUGUAUUGGCCACUGGUAGUUCUGUAUUUUAUGCCAUGUUUUAUGGUGGUCUAGCAGAGAAUAAAAGAGAUAUAGAAGUACCAGAUGUAGAGCCUGCUGCUUUUCUUGCUCUAUUAAGGUAUAUGUACUGUGAUGAAGUACAAUUAGAAGCUGACACAGUGUUAGCAACACUCUAUGUUGCUAAAAAAUAUAUAGUCCCCCAUUUAGCAAGAGCAUGUGUUAAUUAUUUAGAAACAAGUUUAACAGCAAAGAAUGCAUGUUUACUUUUAAGUCAAUCUCGUUUGUUCGAAGAACCAGAUCUUAUGCAACGUUGCUGGGAAGUUAUAGAUGCUCAAGCAGAAAUGGCGCUAAGAUCAGAUGGUUUUGUGGAUAUUGAUAUUCACACUCUUGAAUCAGUGCUUUCUCGAGAAACAUUAAACUGUAAAGAGAUACAUAUAUGGGAUGCUGCAUUAAGAUGGGCUACUGCAGAAUGUAUUCGGCAAGAACUUGAACCUUCAUCAGCCAAUCAAAGACGACUAUUAGGAUCUGCUUUAUAUUUAAUUAGACUUCCUGCUAUGAAUUUGGAAGAAUUUGCCAAUAGUGCUGCUCAGACUGGAAUCUUAACACAACAAGAAACAAUUGAUGUUUUUUUGCAUUUCACUGCUAGUAAUAAACCUCAACUUUGUUUCCCUACCAAACCUCGACAAGGUUUAAAAACUCAAGUGUGUCAUAGGUUUCAGUCAUGUGCAUAUAGAUCAAAUCAGUGGCGUUACAGAGGCAGAUGUGACUCAAUUCAAUUUAGCGUUGAUAAAAGAAUAUUUGUUGUUGGUUUCGGACUUUAUGGAAGUUCAUCUGGUGCUGCAGAUUAUAAUGUUAGAAUCGAACUUAAAAGAUUGGGAUGUGUUUUAUCUGAAAAUAGUACGAAAUUUUUUUCGGAUGGCUCGAGCAGUACGUUUCAUGUAUAUUUUGAGAAUCCAAUCCAAAUCGAGCCAGAAUGCUUUUAUACAGCUAGUGUAAUAUUAGACGGAGGCGAGCUAAGUUACUUCGGUCAAGAAGGAAUGUCAGAGAUAACAGUUGGUAAUGUAAAUUUUCAAUUUCAAUGCAGUUCGGAAAGUACGAAUGGUACUGGUGUACAAGGAGGGCAAAUACCCGAAUUAAUUUUUUAUGGACCACCAGUAGAUGACUGAUGGAAAUUUACCACAGAAAUAAUGGUUUAACUGCUGGUCUCUAAAAAUAUGUACCUUGACAUUGUUCAAGAUUUUGUAUAAUUGUUUUGAGUACUAUUUUUAAAUCGAUGACGAAUAUUAUGUAAUAGAUGCACUCUAAAAAAUAUUAAAUAUUUUGAAUUUAGUAUAAAAUCAUAAUGAAUAGUUUGCAGAAGAAAUUAUAAUUUUAUUUCUAUUAUUAUCACUCUAUUAAUCAAAUAUAAAAAGAAAUGUCUUUGUUUUAAUUCAAAGACUUGAAAACAAACUUUCUGUUUUAUGAUACAUUGAAUAUAAAUAUGAACAAUUGCAU